AUGUCUUCCGAUAACCAAACCCCAGAUCUAGCAUCUGUGAUGAAGAUCUUAGCAGGUCUAACACAAGCUAGAGAUCAACAACAAGCCAGGGGCCAACAGCAAACUCAACCUUCUACACAAAUAGCUUCAGCCCAAAUACCAGAGAUCAAGUCACAUGGUUUAGCAACCCAACAUCAACAACAACAACAAUGGCCUCCAUAUGUAACCCCUCCAGUGGUGUAUCCUGGCCAGUCUCAAGUUGUCAAUAACUCAAAGGUCGUUGAUCCAGCUACUAUCAUUGACUGGAGCGCCGGCUUACGGAAAGCAGUAGGUGGAGCCACAUCAAGCGGAGCAUCUAACACUAGCCCUGAGGAGUUGGCACAAGAGCUAGAAACAUUCGAUAUGAAAGUUUACAGAGCCCAGACCCAAAUGGUUAGGGAGAUGAACGGAAAAUUGAGGAAUUUAGGAGUGCCAUUCUUUGGGACGAAGAGUGAGUUGGUUAGAAUUACCGGAAAAGCUAUUGCAACGAAUGGAACGGGAACCAACGCAACGGAGGGGGAGAAGGCCAUGAUUGAUGAGGAUGAAUUGGUGGAGCUACAAAGAAGGAUGCUUAAUAUCUUGGAAGAUCUCUGUAAUGAUUGA